AUGGACGUUUUUCGGAUGCACAUGGCACUUGUUUCUCCCGAGAUGUCCGCUAGCAGUAUUGGCAUGGGCAGCGAUCAGCCUCCGCGUGGACCCAUCCCUCCAGUCGGGCAAUCCGCGUGCUAUUCCUGCUCUCAAGCUUCGAUGGCUUCGCUGCAUUGGCAACGCUAA